ACGUGGUGUGGGGGCAUACAGGUGGCAAAACAGCUGUUUCAACAGCAAAACCAAUCUGUUUUUUAUUAGAAUACAUAAUCAAUUUACCGCCUGCAGAUUUCCAGCUAAAAAACAAACUCACAUACAACCAAAAAAAAAAAACCAUCAAUAUCUACAAAAAACAAACGUUAGCAUCCGAGAGAGAGAAACUUCCAGUGGCAGCUUGCUUACCCAAGUCGUCUACUUCCACAACGAGUGCUUCCCGUACUUCCCGUCCUUUCCACGAGAUCAACCAAGCCGUCGACCACCUUCCACACAACAAUAACUAGCACAGCCCAGCCCCUUCCACAAUUACCAAGCUGGCCCAAACAACACAACCAAGUGCAACUUUCCAAACUACAACAACUACUACUGAUCCGAUCUGUCAUAAUCCAUUUCAUAAAUUUUCCGGAAACAAUCGAGGGGCUAUCUAAUUGAUAUCUAAUUGGCGGCUAGUUGCGCGCACGUUAUGACCAAUUCGAUUGCGUCAACGAAAUGCCUGCCCAAUGCACUAUCGACCGGCAAUUAUGGAAUGUCCCAGAGCCACCGUUACACCGAUGAUAGCAAGGAGUACAUCAUCGUCAAGCUUACCGAUUCUGCCUUCCGUGCGAUCGAGGAAUAUCAGCGCGAUGACAACGCUAAGCGCCUGCAACCAGGCCAAAGGGCCAAAAUCCAAUUUGUGGGCAACACGGGCGUCAUCCAUUUCCCGCGACCAGCGACGGAUGCUAAUGGCAUCCCUAAUGCUAAUGGCAAUGGCAGCGACGCGACCGGAGCAGGAGGAGGAGGUAGCCGAAAAUUUGGCUUCACUAUCAACAAUAUGGAGGGAACGCUUGAGUGCGUUCAGCAGCAGCAACGGAACCUCGGAGUCCUCGGAGCGGUCACCCUGCGAAUGCGGAUUCAUGCCAAUGACGAUGUCUACGAUUCGACACGCACAAAAAUGGCCAUUGCCGAGGAGACGGAGAAGAGCAAGUGCAUCAGGGAAAUCAAGCCGAAUCAGUCGGAUAUCGGGCGUAAGGUGAAGAAGCCGCCAUCAGCAAUCCAAUCUUCUGCCUCCACCGCCUCAGCCUUCUCCUCCUCCAACUCCUCUAACUCCGGUUUGACGACGACGGCAUUUCAUCAUCACAGCAACAGCAACAACAGUGGGAACAACAACAACAGCAGCAGCAGCAGCAAUAGUUUUAAUAGCAACAACCAUAGUCGUAAGUUAGGUUCAUCGCCAUUUAAUGGCCUAGGCGUAGGAUCCAGCAGCUCCUCCAGCGCGUUUGCCUCGCGCUCGCCCAAUCCCAGCACGCUGGGCGCUAGCGGCACAGUCAAUGGCUCUGGCGUUGGUGGUGGUCGCUAUGGUGGCGGUGCAGCCUCCUCGCUAGCUUCCACAUUCGCCAACGGCAUCUCGCAGGGCUACAAUAACCUGAGCGGCAGCUCGCCAAGAGACUCGAUGACAGCGGGAACAUCAGGUGCGACUGCCUCAUCAGCCAUCUCCUCACGCAACAAGAUGCCAAGCGGAGGCCUUACCUCCUCCAACUCCAACUCCUCAUCGUCCUCCAGGAGUGCCAAUAACAAGUCGUCGGGCGGCAACAAGAUGUCAGAUGUGUCCAGGCGCAAUAUACGCGAACGGCUUAUCCAUCUGCUGGCCCUCAAGGCCUUCAAGAAGCCUGAGCUCUUUGCGCGCCUGAAGAACGAGGGCAUUCGGGAUCGGGAGCGUAACCAGAUCACCAACAUACUCAUGGACAUUAGCACCAUGUCGCACAACACGUACAAUCUGCGUCGCCAGAUGUGGAACGAUGUGGAUGAGAACUGGCCCUUUUUCAGCGAACAGGAGGUUCAGCAGCUGAAGCGACGCAAGCCGCAAAAUCUGACACCGCCAAUGAGUUCGGACGCGGGCAGUUCGACGUCCGGCCAGAGUCCAACAUCGACGCACACGGGCAGUCCUCCGCCGCCUUCAAGUAAUGGUGGUCCCGGUAGCGUCGGAGGUGGAGCAGGCGGUACGGGCAUGAAGCGGACCAGCCUCGAGUACGACGAGACCAUGUUCAGCACUGUUCAGCCCAAGAAGCAGCGCAUCAGUCACUACAAGAAGGACACUCCGCCCUCGGGGACGUCGUACUCUUCCGCUGCGGUAUCGAUGUCACUGGGUUCCUCUGCAUCAUCCAGUCGGAGUCGGUAUACGCCGCCGCAACGCCAGCCUGGUCCAUUGGAUGAUCACAGCACAAGUGAUCUUAGCUACAAUGUGCUGGACAACAUAGAAGAGUUUAUGAGCUCCACGGCAGCGGCGACGCAGCAAUCGAUGGAACAGCAGCAUCAUCCGAGAAGCAGCAGUAGUAGUAGCAGACGAGGAAGCUCCUCGUUGGCGGGCACCAGCAAUGGGGGCAACAACAAGGAUAAGCGGAACUCUACGGGCAGCAAUUCAAGCAGCUCCAGUGGCUAUGAGACGCAACAGGAUCGCCAGCGUUCAACGGCGUCGAUGUCGUCAAACCGCAGCAGCGCAUCCUCUUCAACGACGCCGCCGAAGCUUGCGGCUAGUUUUGUGCCCGCGGCUGCCUCUGGAUCGGCUUCCGGUUCCAGCAAACAACGUAUGCCGCCCCAGCAAAGCGACCACAACUCGUACAACAGCAAUAACGCGCAACAUGUGGCGUCCAACAGCAAGAAAAGGACGUGUAGUGCUGGUCCUAGUGGUGGAUCGAGUAGCCAUCGUCAAAGAAAUGCCAGUGGCUCUAGUUCCGGCUAUCAGCAGGUGCCGCCACCUUCGUCCAACUCGCGGUCGUCUCUCCAGCAGCAGAAUCAGCACCAGAAGCAGCAGGUGCAACAGCAACAGGCGCCGCCGCAGCAGCAGCAGCAGCAGCAGCAUUACCAUCAGCAAGCCAAGCAUCCGUCGCCCUCGCAGCAGUUGGCUGCUGCUGCCCAUGCCUAUGCCCAUGCCACCGCGGAUACGGACUCAUCCGCCACGCCGCGCUACGACUUCAGCCAAUACGUGCCCAUCCAGACGCUGGAGGUGCGGCGGCGUUACAAGACUGAGUUCGAAAGCGACUACGAUGAGUACCGCAAGCUGCUGACGCGCGUCGAGGAUGUGCGCAAUCGCUUCCAGGACUUAUCCGAGCGUCUGGAGAGCGCCAGGCGCUGUGACAACGGAUACGGGGACUACGAUCACAUCAAGCGGCAGAUUGUGUGCGAAUACGAGCGGAUCAAUAACGAUCACACCAUCGGAGAGGACAAGCAGCGGUUCGAUUACCUGCAUGCCAAGCUGGCGCACAUCAAGCAGCUGGUGAUGGACUAUGACAAGACUUUGAUGAGUGCCACGAUGGCGAUGGCGCCCACGGACGCUGGUCAAAGGCCCGAUCCAGCUGUGGCUAAGGCGGCGGCCAGGUUAGCCGAACAUCAAAGGCGCCAACAUCACGCCGCGGAGACGAUAGACCAGCAACAGCAGCAGCAAAAGCAGGCACAUCAGCAGCAUUUGCAGCGUCAUUUGCAGCAUCAUUUGCAGCAGCAACAAAAUCUACUGCAGCAGCAACAAAAUCUAUUGCAGCAGCAGCAGAGUGUGAGUAAUUCGGAUGACAGUUCGGAUAGCUCGGAUUCCAAUGAUGACGACGACGACGAGGACUGCGAUGAUUCCAACUCUAAUACCGAUGACGAUGAGGCACGCUACUGAUCCUGAUCCUGAUCCUGAUCCUGCUGGGACUACUUCGAUGAGACCAUCCGCAGAUUCCCAUGUAAAAAGGCAAAACAAGAAAGAAACUAAUAUACAUAAAUACAACGCUAAUGUAAGAAAAAUGCAAAAAAAAAUACAACAAACAAAUCAUCAAAAUGGAGAAAACACCAACAAAAACGUUCUAUAAGAAAUUGUACUGCAAGCAAACAAAAAACCCUCAAAACAAAAAAAUGUUGAAAUUAUGUUAACAAAACAAAAACUAAAAAAAAUACACACUUUCGAGUAAAAUAAUUUUUAUUACAAUAAAAACGAGGGGUAGGCGGCGGUCCAGAACUGCUGUCACCGAAUUCUACAUAUAUAAAAUACAUAUAUGGACUAUAUAUACAUAACAACAAAAAGCCAGAAGAAGACGACGAUAUAUGAUGAGGGGGAAACAAAAUCAAUAUUUUUAAAAGCAACGGCGAAAGCAAAAAAAAAUUAUAUACGAGUUGUAGACUUAAUUUUUUGUUGAGCAUAUUGAGCAGCUUAAGUAACUAAAUGAAAACGAAAACAGAUGUUUUACCUUGCGUUUUGUGUGUAAUAAAUAUUAUUAUUAUAUUAUUAUUAUCAACAUUUAAAUAUAGCUUGUAUGUUUUUCGUUUUUAA